UGUCGUCGGCCGAACAAGAUGGCAGACGAUACGACCGAAGUUCCAACUCUUGGCUACUUCCAACUGGGCCGCGUUCGAAAAGGGGCGCUAAAAAAGAAGAAUGUGUCGGUGAUCAAGAACCACAAAUUCAUCCCCAGGUUCUUCAAGCAACCGACCUUCUGUUCCCACUGCAAAGAUUUCAUCUGGGGGCUUGGCAAGCAGGGCUACCAGUGCCAAAUUUGUAGCUUCGUCGUCCAUAAAAGAUGUCACGAGUUCGUUACCUUCACUUGCCCGGGAGCAGACAAAGGGGUCGACUCAGACGACCUGCGGACGCAGCACCACUUUGUCAUUCACACAUACACCAGUCCAGCCUUCUGCGACCACUGCGGGUCUUUGCUCUACGGGAUUAUUCACCAAGGGCUCAAGUGCAAAGCAUGCGACAUGAACGUUCACAAGAAGUGCCAAGUGAGUGUGCCCAACCUUUGCGGGUGUGACCACACGGAGAGGCGAGGAAGAAUAGAGUUGAGGAUUGAAGCCACUCCCAACAAACUCAUCUGCGAUGUUCGCCAAGCCAAGAAUCUAAUUCCCAUGGACCCCAACGGCCUGUCCGACCCCUACGUCAAGCUCAAGCUCAUCCCAGACAACAGAAACUCUCAGAAGAAGAAGACGAAAACGAUCAAAGCGAAUCUCAACCCACAAUGGAUGGAGACUAUCAUGUUAGAUCUGAAAGCAGAAGACAAAGAUCGGCGACUUCUCGUGGAAGUGUGGGACUGGGAUCGAACCUCUAGAAAUGACUUCAUGGGUUCUAUGUCGUUUGGAAUUUCAGAACUCCUCAAGAGCCCCGUGGAGGGCUGGUUCAAGCUUCUCACGGGGGAGGAGGGUGAAUUCUACAAUGUUCCUGUUCCACCCGAAGGAGCUGCAAUAGCGGAACUUCAGAAUAAGAUGAAGUGUCGCCUGACGAUCAGCCAACGAAAAUCUUACGAAAGUGAGAACCUUCCUCAUAACGUCAGUUCCCAUGACGUCAUCAGGGCCUCGGACUUCAACUUCCUCAUGGUGCUCGGGAAAGGAAGCUUCGGGAAGGUGAUGUUGGCCGAACGUAAAGGUACGGACGAGCUGUAUGCCAUCAAGAUUCUGAAAAAGGAUGUCAUCAUCCAAGAUGACGAUGUCGAGUGCGCCAUGAUCGAGAAGAGGGUCCUGGCGCUCGCCAACAAACCGCCCUUCCUCGUGCAACUACACUCCUGCUUUCAAACCACAGACAGACUGUAUUUUGUUAUGGAAUACAUUAAUGGUGGAGAUCUCAUGUUUCAAAUUCAAAGAUGUGCCAAAUUUAAGGAACCUGUAGCUACGUUUUAUGCUGCUGAAAUCGCAGUAGGUCUCUUUUUUCUACAUAAUAGAGGAAUUAUUUACAGGGAUUUGAAACUUGACAAUGUGCUCUUGGAUCAAGAUGGACAUAUCAAAAUUGCCGAUUUCGGUAUGUGCAAGGAAGGGAUUCUAGGGAAUAAAACCACAAAAACUUUCUGUGGGACGCCAGAUUACAUUGCGCCCGAGAUAAUCUCCUAUCUGCCAUAUGGUAAAUCGGUGGACUGGUGGGCAUAUGGCGUCUUAUUGUAUGAAAUGCUUGUGGGACAGCCUCCAUUUGAUGGGGAAGAUGAAGAGGAAUUGUUUUCAUCAAUUACAGACAAUAAUGUAUCAUAUCCUAAAUCGUUAUCAAAGGAAUCAAAAGAAGCAUUAAAAGGGUUUUUGACGAAAAUUCCAGAAAAACGCCUAGGAAGUGGCCUCAGUGGGGAGGAGAAUAUCCGUAUUCACCCCUUUUUCAGGAGAAUCAGCUGGGAGAAGAUUGAAAACAAAGAGGUACAACCACCUUUCAAGCCAAAAAUAAAAAACGCACGAGCGGGAGAAAAUUUCGACCCCGUCUUCACGAAUGCCAAAAUAAACCUGACCCCCGCGGACUCUUCGAUCAUGGACAACCUGAGCGGGAACGAGUUCUCCGGAUUCACGUUCGUCAACCCCUUUUACCUCCCGCCGCAAUCCCAAGAGACGGAAGCUUAACCACCGCAUUUUUCAUUUUUCGUUUUCCACCUUCAAUUUUCUGUUUCCUCUUUUUUCCUGUAAAAUAACAUUAUAGGUAUAGGUUUUUUACCACUUGGAUCAUUGUCAUGCUUCACGAUGGGUCCCACAUUGCUAAUGGCAGGAAGACCAAUGUGCAA